AUGCUGCGGUGGAAACCAACACGCCUGGAGCUCAAGCUCAAUGACAUUGAUGAGUGUGAGAGUGUUCGGAAGGACUUGGAGACACGCAAGAAACAGAAGGAAGAUGUGGAAGGUGGAGGAACCAGUGAUGGAGAAGGGGCCACUGGGCUUAGCAGUGACCCCAAAAGCCGGGAACAAAUGAUUAAUGAUCGAAUUGGUUAUAAACCCCAACCUAAGCCCAACAACCGCACAUCUCAAUUUGGAAACUUGGAGUUUUAG